AUGUCCACUCACGGGGACACUCUUGGGUACACAGGACUUAAAGCCCCAGGCAUAACGGUGUCACCUGACGAAGAAAAAAAUUUGAAUCGUUAUGUACAAGUGUUAGAGAACCUGAUACUAAGUGUCCCCACAAGGGAGCCAGGCCUUGAGAAAAGACAGAGCACUCCCAAAAAUGCUCACUCUGUGGGGCCAAAGGAGCCCAAACUCAAGGAGCUCUUUACUCAUGGAGAAGCGUCAACUAAGAACGAUGUGUUCAUCAGCCCUGUCAGCAAAGAAACCACCUCUCUCUCUACUAGAGGCUUCACCCCGGAGAUAGAGAAGAAGAAACACACUGAAAGUCCUGCAUUCUGGUCGAUCAAACCCAACAAUGUGUCCAUUGUUCUACGGACAAAAGAACCAUACAUCGAGAAUGAAGAGCCUGAGCCUGAACCAGAGCCAGAGCCACGUAUGAAACAAGCUGAGGCAGCAACGCCGUUGCCAAAUGUCACUGAAGCCCCCACCAGUCCAGAGGCCGUGUCGGGCAGACCGCUUGUCCCCUCCUUCAGCAGGGGCACUGACUCUGAGGCCACGACAGACUCAGAGGAUGUCCCUCAGCUCUCUGGCGAAUCUGAAAUAGACAAGCUGGAAGAACCAGUAUUGGGACAACACCCACAGAUUUUGAAUAGUGAUGACAUUUUGAGAAAAAUUUUGGACGUGAAUUCACAGGUGCAGCAGGCACUUCUGAGUGACAGCACCAACCCAGAACACAGAGAGGACAUUCAGGCCGCCAAGGAGCAGCUGAAACGGAGCCUCGCGCUAGCUGUGGCAGCAGAACACAAACUACAGACGAUGUACAGAUCCCAGGCAUUCUCACCUGGACGGGCCAGCAGCAACAUCGACAACACUGAAGCUGUUAUCAACAUGCUGUAUUAUUCUAGAUCUAAACUCCACGAAUAUUUAGAUAUUAAGUAUGUUCCACCAGAGAUGAGAGAAAAAGCUAUUACAGUAUUAAAUACCUUGAAACAAAUAUUAUGUAUAGGCCAAGCUGAAACUAAAAACCUUAUUAGGAAGUUACUAAACAAUAAUAUAAAAAUUUUAAACCUACUCGAUAUUCCAUGACAAAGUUGAUUGAAGCAAACUGCAUUCGUUCACAGGAGAAAUAAGCAUAUUAGUGAUUUCAAAAGUUAUAUUAAAAAUGUUCUGUUGAAGUUCAAUGUGCUAACAUCUUUAUAUGUCAUGAGUUAUGAAGAAUUAUUUGUAUGCACUAAAAUCCUAAUAAUUUAAAAUAAAAUUUUGGUUCA